AUGUCAUCAAAGUCUUCAAGUACGGCGACCAUGGUCAGUGAGAUGAGUGACGAAGAUGAGCGCCCCUCGGAGGCGUUUGAAUCGGAGAACUUGUCAUACCGCAAUUACUACCCCUCAGAACAUGAUCAGACCUUCAAUACUAUUCAAGAGUAUGCUUCUUCAGUCAUCAAUUUCUGCGCAUCGUCCUCACGACCGAUGGACCUCACAUUCACCUCCAGGGUUGCGAAGCACCUUCAGAGAAACUCGGAUUUGUUUGUGAUGAUUGAGUACUACGAUGAAUGCGACCCUCUCGGUACUCUUUUCUUAGAGUCAUCUCAUCGAGAUAUGGCCCACCAUCGAUGCGCCAAGCUGGGAAUCGGCAUGCUGAAGGAGUUCCAGCAUUACGAAAUUGAGGCAAUCCAGUGGGCUUUGAACUGGGCUUUCAACAGAGCCGGCCUACAUCGGGUGGAGAUGAAUAUUCCAUCGUGGAAUAUGCGACUGGGCAAGGUGUGCGAUGAGGUUGGGUUUCAGAUAGAGGGAAAAAGGCGGGAAUGUUUUUUCAAGGAUGGCGAGUGGCAUGACGAAGUGAACAUGUCCAUGUUGAAGAAGGACUGGGUGCAACUCCGGGCCUAG